AUGGAGGCGCCCGAUACUAUUUCGCAUAAUUCAACCAGACCUUCCUCAGUUGAGAGUUUAAAUCAAAUGUCAAGCGACACCGGUCCUAUUUCACAACCUCGUACACUUUCUCGGGACCACCCUGUACCCCCCACGGAGAUGACGGGUGCAUCUUACGCCCGCUCAAACACCAGCCAUGGAUCCUCUGACGAAAAAGAAUACAUCAAUCAUGUACUACAGCCCAUGAAACUGUCGCGAAUCAUGGAUGAUCUGCUGGAACUCAAGUUAUUUUUGGAGACUGCUCCCGUGCACUUUUCCCCGCAUGAUGUUAUCCACCGCUUUCGGUUGCACACUGAGGAAGACAUUUCGUGUGUCCGCUGGAAUAACGUGUUUUACAUGACCGGCACGGAUAUCGUUCGCUGUCUAACCUACCGGUUUGCCGCUUUUGGUCGUGCCAUCACCAACCGGAAAAAGUUCGAAGAGGGCAUAUUUUCUGAUUUGCGCAACCUAAAGUGCAACGAGCACGCCAAGCUGGAGGGAGCAAAGUCAGAGUUUUUGGGGUUCCUUUACAAACACAACUGUAUUCGGACUAAAAAGAAGCAAAAGGUGUUCCACUGGUACUCUAUCCGCCAUGACCAGCUGUUUAUUGACGCUUUGGAACGUGAUUUGAAGAAAGAGUCCUGUGCUUAUCGCCACACCAGCGACCAGUCAGCUACCAAAGCCGUUUCUGAGCCCGCUCUCUCUUUCAAAUAUGACCACAAACAGACUUUACAUGACCAGAUGAGUGGUGCGAUUACCGACUUGCCCAGUCCGCUGGCUCAAAUCGUGAACGCAACCAUGACUUCUUCGUCUAACGUUUUGGGUAUGGAUCAAAAGCCCGACUCUUCUGCAGACACUUCUAGGACCAUGGCCCGUCUCAGAGGCUCCGAUUCUUCGAAUAUCACCGUUGUUCAGGUCGCCCCCCACUCGGGUAGUCUUGCCGAAGGACACGGUGACGUCCAGUCUCGAAUCAUUACCCUUGAUACCCACCAGUUACCCUCAAUGGCGCUCCCCCCAGGGGUUGGUGCAACGCACGGGACUGAUUAUGCUCACGACUCUCACCAAUCGUCUGGUGAGGGUUCGUUUAAACCUGACCCGUACAAUGGCUCCUCGUAUGCUGAACAUGGAACGAAGCGACCUCAUGAUGAUAUCGAGAGCUAUGGCGACGCACCUUUCAGCAAGUAUGCUCGUCCAGUCGACCCGCCAACACGAGCGCCCGUUUCAAACGAAGAUACCCCGUAUCGGGCGAUUCUCACUUUGCUGUCGGUAGGAUCCAACUCGAUGCGCAACGCACGAUCCAUCAUUUCCGCACAACAUGCUGUACGAACGCUGAUCAGACAUUUCCCCAACUUCCGCCCCGAUUUAAGUGGCACCUCUCUGGGGAUGAUUCUGCUCAAAAUCAAGGGGCUCUAUCUUUCUGAAGAAGAGCUCUCUUAUGUUGAAAAUGCUUUGAGUCUGGUUGUAUCAGCCAGAGAGCCAUCUCUAGCCCCUAAUCAUCGGCCUGCUCAUAACCCAUAUGUUGUUCCUAUGGUGCCCCUAAUUGAAAACGACUUGUGGCAACAGGACUCUUAUGGUGGUGUUUAUGAGCCCGAAGAAGAAACCUAUCGAUACGGUGCUUAUGAUCCGGCCCCCGUGCCAGGAGAUUAUUUGCCCGAGUACAACUAUGAAGCCAGUUUGCCCAAAAAGGAGCUUUAUGACUAUGGUGCAGACCAUGGUACACACCACAGCUAUGCAGGACCGAUGAGCUACGGCAAUCAUCCGUCGGCGCGGUACAGGCCCCACCCUGCGUACCCGGGAACGCCUGGGCAGUACGGGUAUCCAUACCGACAGUCAGGCCUAGUGCCGUAUUACGACGACUACGCGGUACCCGAACCUGAACUCGACACUUGGGGCGGCCGGGGCUGGCAUGUGCCUCCCAAAUCCGGCCUUCGUCCCCCGGUUCGUCGACCGCAGUGGCCGCCUCGUCAAGAUGAUAUCUGGCCCUAG